AUUCAGUUCCGGACAUGCCGGAAGUUUGCGUAACUAUGGUGAUAGUAACGCGUCUAGUUAAAAGCCUGCGUAUUUUAUUCAUCUGAAAUGAAUGGGGAUGAAAUGGUAGAGGAAUGUCUCAACAAAAAUCAAGACUGCUUGAACAUGAGUCACCGGGGUCUGGUUGUUUUGCCACCUGGUGUUUCAAAACUGACAACCUUAAAAAAACUAUUUCUCAAUAGCAAUCAACUAAUUUUACCGCCAGAUGAGAAACUGCAUUUGCAUCCUCAAGAUUCUGCACUUGGAAAAGCUCGAAGAAGUGAUACUGGAUAGGAACCAGCUCACCGUGCUUCCUAGCAACAUUGGAUCAUUGAAACACCUGACCUACCUGAGUGUAAACCACAACCCACUGUCUGUUCUCCCAGAGGCAAUAGGUGACCUGGAAAAACUGAGAGAGCUCUGGGCCGUAGGAUGCGGUCUCAUCUCUGUACCUUCAUCGAUUUGUAAACUCAGCAUGUUACAGAAACUUGGCCUCCAUAGUAAUAAAAUUGCCCACCUGCCAUCACAAUUUGGAAGCCUCAGCAGUCUCCAGUGGUUAAACUUGGCUGAUAAUAAACUUCAAGAACUCCCAGAUGUUAAUCGUUUACAGUCUUUGGUCUUGUUGAAUCUGGACAAGAACUGUUUUACACACAUCCCUGCUUUACUAACAGACAUGGCGAAUUUGCAAAUUCUGCUUCUUAAAUUUAAUGGCAUCAGAUCACUGGAGGAUUACUUAAUCCCUGGCUUUAGCAGACUUAUUAAACUGGAUCUCAGAGAAAAUCCUUUAAUGGACAGACCACAUCAUUGGAAGGGAUUGGAUUUCAUAUUGCUAGGAAAAGUAUGAUGCAACACCCAAGAAGCAUAUUAUAACUAACAUCAACACCCAGUAUCAUUAACUUUCAUCAGUGUUAUUUUCAGCGUUUGUUUAUGUAUAUGUAUAUAAAACAAAUAGAAAUAGA